AUGGCAUCGUCCGAUUUUCAGAUCUUUACUUCUCUUCGUUACGACCCUGCCCUCCUCCAAGUUCACUCCCACCCAGACUUCACCCACGCAAGCUGGAACCAUGGCCACUCCUCUCCCUUUUACAUGCUAGACUACCACCGCGACCGCAUGCUUCGCGCAGCUCAUCAUUGGAAAUGGGACUCUGUCAUCUCUUCUCUCACUGGUGACGCUGGACUUCAACUUUUGGCGGAUAAUAUCACAGCUCAUCUCGCUCAAAAAGACCAGCCAGCCCGAGUAAGGGUGGACAUUUUCCAGAACGGGAAACUAACAGUGACGUCCGCUCCCGUCCCAUCAGUCCCCCUCUCAAGACUCUUUCCAACAACACUAGACCCCCCUACACUGGACUUGUACUCGGGCAGUGUGUUCGAAGUGGUAGUCGACACAACAGACAACGUCAAUCCAUCAGAGUUCACACAUUACAAGACCAGCCAGAGACAAGUAUACGAGGAGGCGAGGCAACGGGCCGGUAUCACGUCACCCACGAUUUCCAGGGAAGUCUUGAUUAUGGAUAGCAAGGAUGGGUCGGUAAUGGAGGGGUCGAUUAGCACGCCUUAUUUCUUUCGGGAUGGGAAAUGGGUCACACCGUUCGUGAAUAAGGAGACUGAUAAAGAAUGGCAUGGUGGGCAGGAUGGUACCACCAGGAGGUGGGCUCUGGAGAGGGGACUUGUUGUUGAGGAGGUUGUUUUAGCUCAGUCUCUGGUUGAUGGAGAAAAAUGCUGGCUGAGCACCGGAGUUAGAGGGUUCAUACUUGGGCGGGUAAAACUGAACCCAUGA